AGUCAAAGUAACGGCGAGGGAGGAAAGAAGGUGGAAGCCAGGAAGCCGCCUGUCUGCCAGUGACAGCCCACAUCAGAAAAAAGCACUGCAGAAAUAAUUUUUUAAAAAAGGAUUUGAGCGCGAACGCUUCUGCUUUUCGGUUUAAUAUAAAUCACCCGAAUCGCCGCAGACAUGUCGAAGAAUACCGUGUCCGCCCGCUUCAGGCGAGUGGACGUGGACGAAUACGACGAGAACAAAUUUGUGGACGAGGAGGACGGAGGAGAAAAUCAGCUGGGUCCUGACGAGGCAGAGGUGGACUCGCUCAUCAGACAAGGAAAUCUCAUGGAGGCUUUACACGCAGUACUGAAGAACCCACCAAUCAACACAAAGAACCAGAACGUCAAGGACCGUGCGGAGGGUCUGGUGCUGAAGGUGCUCAGCUCCUUCAAGAGCGGUGACAUCGAGAAAGGCGUGCAGUCUCUCGACAAAAACGGCGUGGACCUGCUGAUGAAAUACAUCUACAAAGGCUUCGAGAGGCCGUCAGAAAACAGCAGCGCGGUCCUGCUGCAGUGGCACGAAAAGGCCCUGGCAGCUGGAGGAGUGGGAAGCAUCGUCAGGGUUCUGACGGCGAGGAAGACGGUGUAGAAGACGAGCAGCUCACUCCACAUCCCUGACAGAGAGAGGGGGCGGUACUCUGUAUUGCUCUGUUUAUGUAACAGAUGGCAUAGGGACUAACAGGAAAACCAGAUUUUUAACCCAUGAGAUGUUUUCAAGCCAAGACUUUAUUUCCUUUUUUUUUUUUUUUAAAGUACAGUCUGGCUCGUAUUAAGUUAAAAAUGGGUUUUCCUGUGGAGUCCCGUGCAUGGUCAUAGCUUAAAUCGUACUCCUCACAGGGUGCUACAGAUCAUUUUGUACCCAUGUGUCUGUGCUGAUUCCCCGACCUGUUAACCUUUAUGUCGACGUCAUUCCUGUGCACUGUGCCCCCAGCGGUUCCCAACGGAAGGUUGGAUGUCACCGCUGCGUGCACACGUUCAUAGGAACAAACAUGUUUUUCUAUCCUCCGCCGAAGGUUUCAGGAAUUUUAUCUGUGAGGAAACUCUGAGUGUUUGGCUUCCAUCAUCAGAGACUUCCCGAUGGAAUAAAAGCCGGGCUCCACCCCUCUCGCUGUAACACUUGAGCAGCGAGAGCUGCUUGAAAAGCACAGUCACACACAGAGGGUGGUGGAUUUGGACUGGAGGAGGGGCCGGGGGGGAUUCAUCCUUCUAUCCCCUCGUGCUGCCCCAGUUAAUGAUUAUAUUACCCACGAUGCAUCUCUAUCGCCACUCUUUAUUAAUCCCACUUUGCUUGUGACCCCUCUGCUACUGAACAGGGCAUUAAUGUGGCUCUGCUGGUACUGUUCAUCGGAGCGGCUGUUCUCUGGAAAACACGCCACCCAGAGAACGUGCGCGCACGCGGUUUUGUUUUUUGUUUUGUUUUUUUAAAAAACUUUUUCAGUAUUUAACAAAAACAUUAAUCUAGGAUCAAACAUUAUCCUCUUUGUUUUCUUAUUGUUUUGAGUGACGUUAUUUUCGCCUCCACUCAGUUAAAAACACUGUUCGCAGGCCUGACACGCCGAUCGGUAAGAUGACGCGUUUUCUUUUUUUGUGAACUGACGGGGAAUUAAUAGUUUAAAAAUAGGUGAUGUAUUUUCAGCAUUCACUCGAGCAUUUCACACCUGUCAUUUGUUUUUUUCCAAGGUUUCAGGAAUUUUGUCUGUGAGGAAACUGAGUGUUUGGUUUCCAUCAUCAGACUUCCUGAUGGAAUAAAAGCCGGGCUCCGCCCCUCUCGUUGUUGUUUUUUUUUCUAUUUAUCCUGAGUUUAACCUGAGAGUUUGUCUUAUAAUAAGAAAACACAUUUGUUACCACACAGACUGACUUUUCCAACACAUUUUACAUAAUUUUCAUCCGCCUUAUUGGGUAGAUGACAUGUUGCCAAAUGUUUUAUUUUCGCUUUCAUGGAAUAACGUUGCUUACAUCUGGGAUUUAGUUCAGAGCUCGUGUGUUUAGAGAGUAAGUGGUGGAUUUUAUUUUAUUUUGAAACCAUACAGUAUAUAUGAGCAUGAAAGAAACGCGUGUUGCGGUGAGCUUUGCUCCGAGUGCAGACGUGAUGAUAGUUCCAGCGUUCGGUUCCUUUCUGCUCGUUUUCAAACACGGAGUUAAAGUUACUCAUAGAUUUUUAUUUAUUUGUUCAUUUUUUUUAAAUAUAAAACACAAGUCACUACAGUUGUGUUUUUUCUCAUCACCGGUUGAUAUUUAGACAUGGGUUGUCAUGUUUGAAUACUGUCAUCAGUGAUGAUGGAUCCUGACAUCAGACACCUCUAAUGCAGUAAUGACUAGAUUUACGAGCUUCAUGUAUUUCUAGUCGGCGAUGCUCUUCUGGGUGAGAAGAUGAUGGAGCGCACCAAACUGAUGUACAAACUGCCUUAUUCAAAUGUUCCUUUUUUAUGUUUGUGCUUUUGGAAGAAAAAAAACAAUAAAUUAAAAUGUGUGAAUGCUGA